AUGUCUAGUGUUUACAAUAAAUCCGAUUCACCGAAAAACGUUGUGCGUGCGGCUCAUUUGGUUACGCGCGAUGACAGAGCUCUUGCCUCCGGCGAUGGAAGCAAGUUCUUGGGCUGUACGAUUUGGUUCACAGGUCUGAGCGGUUCAGGGAAGUCUACUCUGGCGUUUUCUCUGGAACAAAGACUUGUUUCCAUGGGCAUUCAAGCGUAUACCCUUGACGGUGACAACCUUCGCUUGGGCUUGAACAAGGAUCUUCGGUUUUCUGAUGAAGAUAGAGCUGAAAACAUCCGACGAGUGGCUGAAGUGGCCAAGCUUUUUGCUGAUUCUGGAACUUGUGCUAUCACCAGUUUUAUUAGCCCCUUUGAAAAGGCAAGUUACCAACGUCAAUUGGCUCGUAAACUCCAUGAAGAGGCGGGGCUUCCCUUCGUUGAGGUGUAUUUAUCCACUCCGCUGGAGGUGUGCGAGGCGCGUGAUGCGAAAUCUCUGUACGCGAAGGCGCGUCGUGGCGAAAUAAAGGACUUCACUGGAAUCAACUCGCCCUACGAAAAGCCCCUAAAUGCCGAACUGUGCCUCAACACCGCUGAUAUUGGUCCAGAGGAGUGUACCAAUAGACUCAUUCAAAUUCUAGUUGAUAAGGAAAUCAUACCGAUGCACGUGACGCACCGCACCCUUCACGAGCUCUACGUUACGGAAUCGGAAAGGAGUCUUUAUCUGGAACGAGCGAUGAAGUAUCCCAAGGUUUCCAUAUCAAAAACCGAUCUUCAGUGGGUUCAGGUGUUAGCUGAGGGAUGGGCGACGCCACUGCGGGGAUUCAUGCGGGAGGCUCAAUAUCUCCAAGUACUUCAUUUUGGCGGACUUAUUGAUGGAGGUCAGAAAUUCACAAAUCUUUCCAUUCCAAUUGUACUGGCCAUCACAAGCGAGACCAAGGAAAAGUUGGGACCAUUUGUUCAGCACAUCACGCUCACUCAUCGUUCGGAACCGGUUGCUGUCCUUCUUGAUAUUGAAUUUUAUGAGCAUAGAAAGGAGGAGCGUUGCAACCGCAUCUUUGGUAUUUGUGACCGAGGUCAUCCGGUUGUCGAUCAAAUUAUGUCCUCCGGCGAUUGGCUAGUUGGAGGUGAUCUUCAUGUUCUCAAUCCAAUUGUCUGGAACGAUGGGCUUGACCAAUACCGCCUGAGCCCCCGCCAGUUGCGUGAUAAGUUUGCAAAGAUUGGUGUAAGGCCAUAG